AUGACGUUCCUCCCCAGUCGUCGCCAUUCCCACUCAGAAGUGGGCUCACCUGACCACGCCGAGCAGGACUCAAAAAAACAAGCAGAACUUACAGCCUCGCGCCAUUCGUCCUCAAAUCCACAUCAGAACGCGACUGACUCGGGCCCGGGCUUCCUCCGUGGCUUAUUUCGAAGAAAGACUGACAGCGUGCUAAAUUCGGAUUCGCUGAGCUCGAAACCUCGGACCCCGAAUCGGGGCCCUAUACCCCAAAUCGAGACCAAUCAGCCCGUACGGCGGGAACAAGGUCGCGAAAGUAGUGGACAGCGUGAUCGUUCGCCCUCUCACUCUGGGCAUCCUACAUGCAGGACUCCUGGGAGUCCGGAGCUACCUUCUGCGGUCACUCAUAGUGAGCCGAAGCAACCGGGCAAUAUUCAAGAUUACCUGGAGUUUCGUCUUAAUGAGGCCCUUAGUUUGAAAGAUGACAAUGAAGCGGACUUGAAAAAGAAAGACAUCAAGGCCAUUCUAUCCGGAGCCCCGCAUUUCUUGCUCGAGAGGGGCAAGCAUGGUCGUUGGUAUCCGCAAGUCAUUUUCCCCUGGGAUGAACACAAUCCAUCCAUUCUACGCAUGUUAGAUCGCAAGCCACUGCCUCAUGCUUCGUUCACUCUGUGUACCCUCCAUGCCCAUCUUCCAGUACCAGAUAACUGGGCCGUGAGGGGAGGGGUCCCGAUCGAAUUGCACAGUUGGCACCGGACAGGAGGGCUCAAAAGAGCAUCCUUCGAUAUAGGUGUCUUCGAGGUGCCGAACAUGCUGGCCAAUAACGGGAGAGAGCCAGGGACUGUUGGUUACAGACACUUCUUGGAAUAUGACAUUGCAGAUAUGGUUCGAUACUCUGGGCCGUCGGAGCCCCGGGAAAAUCCAGAAAUGCAAAGACUUUCGCAACUGCCUGCUUCUGAGGCUUUUGGGUUGAUGGAUGGUUACAACAAGCCGUAUUCGCAGUGCCUGAGUGGUGCUGUGUUUGAUCGACGCCGACUCUUACAAGAAGGACCCACUGCUUGGAAGCGCAUUGGAGUACGAGAUAUAAAUCUUCGGACGCUGGUGCGGCGCUUGACACGAUUACGACAAUUGCGUUUGAAAUUGCUGGUGGAUGGAUCACCACUGACGAUUUUGGACUUCGAAUCGUCUCACGAACUACACACCCUUUUACAUACCCACUUCCUGCAUCCGCGCCCGCCUAUCGCAGAUCUUGUGUCUGGACACCCAGAGAGUCUCAAAUCACAAAUCAAGACAUUGACGACCGUCCUCGCUGCUCCAGGCGCAUGGAUCGAUUUCAGUCUGCCGGAGUGGCGCGUCCGAGCCGGCCAGGUUCUAUGGGAGGCACCUCCGCACGCGGACGGGGACUGUUAUAAUGCAUCUAGUACUGGGACAUCACAAAAUCCAUGGAUGAAUCCUGGCAUAGAGCGAAAGUGGCUCUUAGUUCAACUAUUACUCGCAGCGGAGCUGCUGAUUCGUCUCGAUGCGUUUAUUCGCAUGGACAUGUUACACGAUUCCCGCGGCGGCCCCAUGACCACACAAGAGCUCCACCAUUUUGACAAGUUGCGAGAGGGAAAAGUGAACUGGGAUCUCAUUGUUGUGCGCCGAUUUCUUGACAUUCUUGAAAUCGAGUGUGGUUCGACGCCAGCGGAGAGUUCACCAGUUGGCACUCCUACAUCGGACAAAACCACUGCGAAACAUCGCUUUUCGUUCCUGGACUCUAUCAAUCGUCGCCUCACAUCGACCACUGAGCUAGAUGUGCGCUCAGCUUGGCAAUGCCAUAUCAGUUCUCCACAUAUUCGACAACAAUUGGAGGGACUCUGUGUCUUUGCGGAAAACAUCGGAUGGCCGGGUGUUGACACACUCAAGACCACAUUAGAAAAGAAACUCAGCGACGGGCAGACUUUAAUUUUCCCGCCAAUCAAUAAGGAGGUAGCCCAUGCAGCAGCGGAAAAGACAUUCAGGGAACCUGCAGCCGUACGAUUGGUGAAAGGAGACAUGUACACCCGAAGCCAGUCGAGACGAUUCAUCAAGCUCCGCAGUCCUUGCAUGGAAGACGGCGAUCCGCACGCAUCGGAAAGUCUAGGCUGGAUCUCUCGAAGCUGGUUAUCAGGCUUCGUCAUCCCCGGCGAAGGAAUCAGUCACCUCCUCAUCGGGACCUUACUAGAGAACGACGCCGAUGCAAUCCAGCAGCUAGGACCAACAGCCAAUGUCUACGGUGGCUUUGUAUUCAAAGACCGCAGCUACUGGAGCAAGCCAUGUAUCGUUGGCCGUGUCUUAUCGGCUCAGGAUUCUGCUCAGACUUGCAUGGGAUGGGUCGGUUGCGACGUGCUCCCCCAUGAUGCAGACCUGAACCCUCUAGAACCCGGCUGGUUCGAAAUCCAGGUCGAGCGGGUACCGAGUUCGGGUUCGUGCCGCCCUCGUAUUAAGCAGGGAGGCAAGCUUGCGCUGGAAUCAACCCCGCUCGGAAAGGGUGAUAUCACACCCGACGCGUUUACGUUGCCGAUUGACCAGCCCGCUACGAGUAGUUCCGAACCGACCGUGAGCUUGGAAGCGCUUAAGUUGGAUGUGAAAACGCCCCAGAGAAGAAAUAUCAUCAGCGGUGAGGCCUCUAUCUCCUUUGCCCUUGGGAAGGAAGGUGAAUCCGAAAUGACUACGAUCUCGUUACCAUUGAUAUACAACGUGCGCUUUGUAUCCGCCCAUGAAUGUCGGCCGCCGCUGGGCUUCUUAUCUCAUCGUCAGGAGCCUGGGAAGACAGGGUCCACGGACUGGAGUGAAUUCAAACGUCUCCCAGGGCACCCCCUACAUCGAGCAUUUACAUAUAAGAACGUCUCUCUCGAGUCCCUCCCUCAGCACCCAGCACCGACACAGGAUAAAUGUUCGGAGACCAUUGUGAUUGAUGCGCGCGGCUCUCGAACCAAGGAGACGUUCGUUCGAGCAUGGUGCGCAUCAGUAGGGAGCCACGCACUGAUCGGCCGGGUGGGACGAACAUGCAUCGCGUGCUGUGUCCGGGAAGCACGGGCAAUCAAGGUACCCGUCGUGGUGCGAGUAGGCAACUACUAA